AAAUUUCUCCCCCUUGGUUAUUUCAAUCACAUUCUAUUUUAUUAUAUUACAAGAUAUACAGUCUGUGAGAAAGCGGGGCGGAAAAUUUUAUUUAGAGGAAAGACAUUGGUCAAUUUAGAUAAAACUGGUCUCAGAAAGUUAUGUAUCUGUUUCUCAAAGAAUGCCAUAGCCUUCCAGGUAUGGAAAUUAGCUGAUGUAGAGGAUAACAUAUAUAGCACUAUUUUAGAAGAGCUAUGUAAAAAGAUUGAAGAGUUAAAGAAAAAAUUAAGACAGAGCAUAUCUUACGACAUAAAAGCAAAAUGCAGCAAUGGUGACUACUCUAACAAAGAAGGCAGAAUGACCUUUAAAGAACUAGAUGAAAAGUGUGAAAAUGGACACUACUUGUGUCCUGAACAUAAUGAUAUACAUAGUAAGGACGACGUAGAGAAAACCUGGUUACAACAUGCUGACAUAGUUGAAAAGAUUUCUGAUGACAGAGCUGAAAUAAGCACGAGGGAGGAUGAACUUAUUCCAAAAAAUGAACCAAACAAAGAAGAAGCAUUCACUCAGGAUCAAACAUCUGUCAAAACCAACCUUCCUGUUUCUGUCACUUUACGUCAACAGUUUAAUAUUAAAAAGUCUAAGAAUAAAAAUCCGACCAUAUUUAGCUGUACCAAAAUAGACAAUACAUUAGUCUUUACCGACUACAGGAAUAACCGACUUAUUAUUUGUAAUUCAGACGGUACUUAUAUCCAUCACAUUCAUCUGUCCUAUCAACCAUUUUAUAUGACAGUGGUAAAUAUUAAUACUGUAGCAGUAUCCUGUGGACAUGCCAGAACCAUACUGAUAAUAAAUAUAUCUACAGGUUCUGUCACCAGUACAAUCAACACCAGUGAUAACUGCUACGGAAUAUCAUAUAAUGAUAAUAACCUGUACGUUGUUAUUGAUAGGAGUAUAAUACAUGUGAUGGACCUGACAGGUAAAGUAAUACGUACUAUACCGGCACCUUCAUACGAUAUCUGGGACAUUACAGUAGACAGAGACAGGUUGGUCUGUAUAGACGAUUCAUCAAUAUACUGCUGCUCGUUAGAUGGGAAACUAAUUUGGAAUUUUAAAAAGGAUAAAUUUCAAGAUUUACGUGCUGUGACAACAGAUGACGAGGGGAAUGUUUAUGUGACUAGAUGUAAGACCGACACUGUAGUAAUUGUAUCUGAUGAUGGUCAACAUCAAAGAGAACUUUUUACUGAAUCAGAUGGAUUGAACAAGCCGUGGGGAAUUUAUUUUGACAAAAAAGAUAAAAUUCUGCUUGUAUGUAAUGAUCAUGAUACUUUUCUUUUUGACGUAAAAUAGAACGAAAAUAAACAUGAAUAAAUCUUUCAGACAAUGAGUUUAUUCGGACUCGGAUCUGUUUGUGUAUAUAGUCAUUCACAAUAACUUAUAUUUAUUUUUGUUUUCUUUACUAUCAAUUACUGAUUAUCAAUCUAACUUAAUUAAUUGUCAUGAUCUGUAUCAGUUGUAUUCCGUAUUCAGACUAAAGACAAUAUUAACAAUUGUGUGAUAAACGCUUAAAUUUCAUGUGCGACAACAAAUCAACUUUAUAUGGAAA